AUGGCAUAUGCAGGAACAGAUGCCUUCUCAGUGAUCCAGGACAACAUCAGGACGUGUGUGGUCCAGGGUUUAAGUGUUCCUAGCAAUAUGAUUUCCAGCUUGAUCUUGAGAUCGUCUGACCUGCAGUCUCCCUCCAGUCUCACUCCUCAGAGAGUCUCUGAGCUUGGCCCUUUUCUGCCCCUGCUGGGAUCCAGUGUCCUGCAGCAGCUGACCUCAGCCCAGCUCAUGCCUGCCCUCAGCACCCUCGCCUCUGUGCCUUUCACCCCUGUACAGUUCCUCAAGCUGGCUCUCCCAGGCUCUGAGCAUUUGUCUAGGCUGGGAUCUCUUGUGAGUGGAGUAAAGGUGGAGACUCUGUGGACUUUACCAACUGAUAUUCUGCUAGAAGCGUUACCUGCUAUGAGCCUUCAGACACCUGGGCUCACCCCCCCACAGGUCAACACUAUCAUCUCCAAACUCUGGGGUUCUAGUUCUGUGUCCCAGUGGAUGGAUAAAGUCAAUCCUUUGCUCUCUAGCACUCCACUCCUCAGUGUGAUCGCCCAAGUCCCUCAGCUGCUGAUCAGAGACACUGCUGUACACACUCGCCUCUGGAACACACAGCAGAAAAAAUGUGUAAUUGAGGAAUUGUAUGAGUUUGGCUUCUUCUCAGAUUUACUUGGAGAUUUGGGUUCUCAGAUUGCCCUGUCACUUCCGCUGAGCACCAUUAAGAAAUUUCCACAAGAUGAGAUGGAUUCCCUUAGGAAAGUUAUAAUACAGGACCCAUAUUACUUCCUACUGCUUCCCAGCACCAAACAAGCUGUCCUGGUGGACAGGAUGGUUCAAAGACUGAAUAUGUACACUGGGCUGUACACUGAAGAGGAGUUUCGUUCGUUAGGUGUCAUGGCUACAUUUGUGACAGAUGAAAUGUUUUGGAAAUUGGAUAGGAGCUUUUUUGUUGAUGGCCUGGAGUUCCUACAAAGAUUCUGCUACAAUGCCAAUAAACGAGGCCUGGUGGCAGACAUGCUACAGGAAAAUUGGACAUUUGGCCCUGUAAAAAACUGGACAUCAGAGACACUGAACCAAGUGGACCGCUUCUUGUUUUUUCUCCCGAAGGACACUAUUCAGCUCAUCCCCUUAGGUUUGAUGAGCUUAGAGCGCAUCGAGAGGCUGUUCCUGAGUCAGCAGAAGUGGGAGAGGGGAGAGUUUGGUUCUCUGUGUCAGAAACCCUCAGAGCUCUUUGACAAGAAACAGUUUGUGCUUCAGUUCUUUCUCGGCUUCCUCAGAAUAGGACAUGCCCCUUAUACUGGACUGAUCCCCACUUGUGAGAGCCUGCAUGUGACACAACCUGCUGCCUGGACUAUUGACAGCCUUAGAAACAUGCCACAAGCUUCAUUUCGGAGGUGCUUGGAGCUCAUUGGCCAGGAUCCAUUUUUCAGUGCAUUCGAGCUGUCAGUGCUUCUUACAAAAACCAAAGAGGUGUAUGGGAUGCCUUCCUCUUUUAACUCUUCAGUGAUCCCUCAGUUGGGUCGCAUUGCCACUCAGCUUUCACUUGAAGAAUUGGGCUCUCUAAGACUCUCUGAAAUUCAGUCAAUUUCAGCUAUGGGGAAUCUCAACACAUGGACCAGCAGACAGCUAAAAUCAGUAUUCUCCACGGUUCUGAACUCAACCAGAAAGACUCCUAGCCAGUUAGACUCCAGCACUUUUGUGGCAUUGGGGCACAUUGUGUGUGGGAUUGAUGCACCAAUCAUGCGCAUCCUGAAUCCAGUAGAGUUCAGUAAAGCAGUUUUGUGGCUUGGCCGUUUGUAUCUGUCGUGCUCUGAGGAGCAGUUGCAGGCUUUGAUAGGGCUGCUCAGUAAUAGCUUGGCGUUUGGACCAGUCAGCUCCUGGGGAUCAGAGGUCUUCAUUGAGAUCGGAGCGAUUGCAGCGGGCCUGCCUGACAUAGCCAUGUCCGCAUUAGUGAGGGAACAGAUAGAAGGAAUCACCCCACUUGCCAUCUCUCUCAUCCCAGCAGGCAAAUUUGCAGUUGUGUUUAACCAGGCCCAGAUUCGUAUGUUCACGUAUGAUCAGGCCAUUGCUGUGACUGAGGCCCAGCGCUCUGCUCUGUCUCCAGUGCAGCAGACGGCCCUGUCCAUGGUGCUCAACCCCUGGGAGGACAAACCUGUUGAUUUCAGAGGCAGGUCACUUGGAGUUGUAAUGCAUCCCUGUCCUUUCUUCUACCUCUCCAGCAUCCUGAUAAUGCUGCUGUUUUCUCUUGGAUGAGUUAGGUCUGUCGCUGCUGAAUUGCUGCUAUACUGAACUGACCUUUUCUUUUUAAAUAUGUGCACUUUAAUGCUGUAUAUAUAAGACUUAUACAGCAAGAAAUUACAAGAACAAUAACUCAUGGAAAUAUUUAUUUCGGCACUUUAUAAUAGUUAGUCAGUGAAAAUGUGGUUUUGUUUGACUGUUUUUGAAUAAUUGCUUGCUUGGAGAAUAGUGUACCAACCUAGGUCUGUAAUUGCCUAAACUGAUUUGUUUUGACUUGUGAUUUAUAUUCGACUUAUUGUUCUGUUUUUAUUAGUAUUAUUUAUUUACUUUUUUAACUGCUUUAACAGCCUUCAUACACUAUUAGAAUGAUUUCUGAAGGAUCAUGUGACUGGAGUAAUGAUGCUGAAAAUGUAGCUUUGAUCACAGGAAUAAAUUACAUUUUGAAAUAUAUUCAAAGAGAAAGCAGUUAUUUUAAAUAGUAA